AUGUCCAUAGAGUCGCGUUUAGAUAGUUUAGUGCGAGGAAAAAGUGAAGUGAAAGCCUUUGCCGGAGGAUGUCCCUCGGCGCUCUUGGAUACCGGAGCGUGUGACACGCUCGCAGACAUGAGACGACGCUGGUAUAACAACGGAGGCUUCCAGACGCUGCGAAUGCUCGAGGAGAGCUCGUCUGAAGUGACAUCGUCUUCAGCGUUAGGUCUGCCUCCGGCUAUGGUAAUGUCCCCGGAAUCGCUCGCGUCGCCAGAGUACGGCGGCCUGGAGCUGUGGGGCUAUGAAGAUGGCCUUACAACAUAUAGCAUGGCACAGUCGCUGGGCUCUUGCACAAUGGAGCAACAGCAGCAGCCGCAGCAGCAGCAACAGCCCCAGCAGACUCAGCCGUUGCCAUCAAUGCCGUUACCCAUGCCACCGACAACACCGAAAUCAGAAAAUGAGUCGAUGUCAUCAGGUCGUGAGGAACUGUCACCGGCUUCAAGUGUUAACGGCUGCAGUACAGAUGGCGAGGCGAGGCGGCAGAAGAAAGGCCCAGCACCGCGGCAACAAGAGGAGCUAUGUCUCGUCUGCGGCGACAGAGCCUCCGGGUACCAUUACAACGCGCUCACAUGUGAAGGGUGUAAAGGAUUCUUCAGGCGGAGUGUAACCAAAAAUGCGGUGUACAUAUGCAAAUUCGGACACGCAUGUGAGAUGGAUAUGUAUAUGCGGAGAAAAUGUCAAGAGUGUCGGUUGAAGAAAUGUCUGGCAGUGGGCAUGAGGCCCGAGUGCGUAGUGCCUGAAAACCAGUGUGCGAUGAAACGGAAAGAGAAGAAGGCACAAAGGGAAAAAGACAAGUUGCCCGUCAGUACAACGACAGUAGAUGAUCACAUGCCUCCCAUUAUGCAAUGUGAUCCACCGCCCCCAGAGGCUGCCAGAAUUCUGGAAUGUUUGCAGCACGAGGUGGUGCCUCGAUUCCUGACUGAAAAGAUACUGGAACAGAACAGGCUGAAGAAUGUGCCCCCCCUCACUACCAACCAGAAGUCCCUUAUAGCGAGGCUGGUCUGGUACCAAGAAGGCUACGAACAGCCAUCAGAAGAGGACCUAAAAAGAGUCACACAGACCUGGCAGUCGGAUGAAGAUGAUGAAGAAUCGGACAUGCCGUUCCGUCAGAUCACCGAGAUGACGAUCCUCACAGUGCAGCUCAUUGUCGAAUUCGCUAAGGGCCUACCAGGCUUCGCAAAGAUCUCCCAGUCGGAUCAGAUCACGUUAUUAAAGGCCUGUUCGAGUGAGGUGAUGAUGUUGCGAGUAGCUCGGCGGUAUGAUGCGUCGACAGAUAGCGUGUUGUUCGCCAACAACCAGGCGUACACUCGCGACAACUACCGCAAGGCUGGCAUGGCCUACGUCAUCGAGGACCUACUGCACUUCUGUAGGUGCAUGUACGCCAUGUCGAUGGAUAACGUCCAAUACGCACUGCUCACCGCCAUCGUCAUUUUCUCAGACCGGCCCGGGCUUGAGCAACCCCUGUUGGUGGAGGAGAUCCAGAGAUAUUACCUGAACACGCUGCGGAUGUACGUUCUGAACCAGCACAGUGCGUCGCCGCGCUGCCCCGUCGUCUUCGGUAAGAUCCUCGGCGUCCUGACGGAGCUGCGCACCCUGGGCAUGCAGAACUCCAACAUGUGCAUCUCGCUCAAGUUGAAGAACAGGAAGCUGCCGCCGUUCCUCGAGGAGAUCUGGGACGUGGCGGACGUGUCCACCACAGCCACGCCGGCAGCCCCCGUGACGGAAAGCGCGGCGCUCUAG